AUUUCUGUGAGGGGAAUCAAAUGCAGACAAGUUUUCUCUGGUAACUGCCGGUGGUAACUGCCGGUGUGCUGUAAUUAUUAUACUGCAUUUCCCAGUACAAUUUGGAUAGGGAGCUGAGUCGUGCACUGUCUCACAGUCUUGUAACACGAGAGACAAAUAGGAAAGAGUAAGGGAGAGACAGAAAGGGGGAAGGAGUGUGAGAGAAUUUCUAAGCACUUCUGUUUGUGCACAGCCAGUGUAUGUGUGUGCGUAUGGGAGAAACAGGUCUGUAGAGCAGAGCAGGGGAAUCUAACUGAGCCAAGCACAUGCUGCAUCUGUACAGUGACCUCAGUGAAAACCCACGCGGGAAGGAACCAAUGACAACAUGCAACUAUCCACUCUGAAAUAAACAUGAUCAGAAAUCCUUCACCUCAACCAGGGGAACUGCUCUGCUAAAUAACUCAUCGCACGUGGGAUACACACUGCCCAAGCCUGGGGUUCAUCCCUGUAGCUUCAUUUUCUCUCUCCCUUUCUUUUCAUCGUUUAUCUUGAUUUCUCAUUUUGAGAGAAAGCAAAAAGUACUGGGAAACAAAACAAAAAGGACGGAUCAAUGUUACUUCUCUGACUUUGUGAGUGAUCUUACAAGUGUGUAGGAACAGUAACUCCACUAUCAGGAAAGGGACCUGAGUGAGAGAAGUCCAGGAGCCAGCAGGAGGAGCAAAGAUAAGGUAGCUGGAGAUCAACAGAAGGCAAUUAAAGUAACCGAUCUUGGUCAAAAAAUAGAAAAAAAAACACCACUAUUCUUGAGAAACCUCCAUGGACGACUCCCAGGACCUGAAUGAACAACCAGUAAAGAAACCGUGCACAGAAUCAGAUGUUACAGAGCCUCAGAACACCAGGUCUAUGGAAAUGCAGGACUUAGCAAGUCCACACAAUCGUGUUAGUAGUGGAGAUACAUCUGGAGCUUCCAAACUGGAUAAGUCUAAUAUUAACAACACCUCCAUUACAACAAAUGGAACAGGAGGAGAGAACAUGGCUGUUCUAAAUACCGCCGACUGGCUGCUUAGCUGCAGCACGCCCUCUUCUGCUACAAUGUCUCUUCUUGCAGUCAAAACAGAGCCCAUGAACAACAGUGAAACAGCUACAACAACAGGAGAUGGAUCGAUUGACACUUUUACUGGGUCAGUAAUAACAAGCAGUGGCUACAGUCCAAGAUCAGCACACCAGUACUCGCCUCAGCUAUAUCCUUCUAAACCCUAUCCACACAUUCUAUCAACUCCAGCAGCACAAACAAUGUCAGCCUAUGGUGGACAGAGUCAAUACUCCGGAAUGCAGCAACCUACAGUGUACACAGCUUACUCUCAAACUGGACAACCUUACAGUUUACCAACAUAUGAUUUAGGUGUAAUGCUUCCAGGAAUUAAGACAGAAAGUGGGCUUCCACAAACACAAUCUCCAUUGCAAAGUGCAUGCUUAAGCUACAACCCGGGAUUUUCACCACCACAGCCAGGCCAAACACCAUACUCGUACCAAAUGCCAGGUUCUAGUUUCCCCCCCUCGUCUAGCAUUUAUGCAAACAACUCCGUCUCAAAUUCAACCAACUUUACAAAUCCACAACAGGAUUAUCCUUCUUACACAGCUUUUGGCCAAAACCAAUAUGCACAGUAUUACUCAGCAUCAACGUAUGGAACGUAUAUGACCUCAAAUAACACCGUGGAUGGCACAUCCUCAUCAUCAACGUAUCAAUUGCAAGAUUCUAUUUCAGGCCUAACUAACCAACCAGGUACAGAUCUAAAGACAGGAGAGUUUGAUGCAGUCCAGAGUCCCUCAACACCUAUCAAAGACCUUGAUGACAGAACGUGUAGGAGCUCUGGGUCAAAAUCACGAGGAAGAGGACGAAAAAAUAACCCUUCACCUCCACCUGACAGUGAUUUGGAGCGAGUUUUUAUAUGGGACUUAGAUGAAACAAUCAUCAUCUUUCAUUCACUACUCACUGGAACAUUUGCACAAAAGUAUGGCAAGGAUUCACCGACAGCUGUGACUCUUGGACUGCGAAUGGAAGAAAUGAUUUUCAACCUCGCCGAUGCACACUUAUUUUUUAAUGAUUUGGAGGAGUGUGAUCAGGUCCAUGUAGAUGAUGUCUCUUCAGAUGAUAAUGGUCAAGAUCUAAGUUCUUACAGUUUCGCAACUGAUGGCUUUCGGGCGGCAGCAAGCAGUACUACUCUCUGUUUACCAACUGGCGUCCGGGGAGGUGUAGACUGGAUGAGGAAGCUGGCAUUCCGUUAUAGACGAGUAAAAGAGCUGUACAAUACAUACAAGAACAAUGUAGGAGGACUUUUUGGCCCAGCUAAGAGAGAAGCCUGGCUUCAAUUGCGAGCAGACCUUGAAGUUUUGACAGACUCCUGGCUUUCGAAUGCACUUAAAUCACUAUCACUCAUUAGCACAAGGAGUAAUAGUGUGAAUGUCUUGGUAACAACUACACAGCUCAUCCCAGCACUUUCAAAGGUUUUGCUAUAUAGUCUAGGAGGUGUAUUUCCUAUUGAGAAUAUAUACAGUGCUACUAAAGUAGGCAAAGGAAGCUGUUUUCAGCGUAUAGUUUCAAGAUUUGGCUCUCAUGUAACUUAUGUUGUGAUUGGAGAUGCCCAAGAUGAGGAGCAUACUGCUAAGCAGAACAACAUGCCUUUCUGGAGGAUAUCAAGUCAUUCAGAUCUUUUGGCUCUACAUCAAGCACUGGAACUAGAAUAUUUGUAACUAAUUGCAACGUGGACAGGCUUUUUUUUAAUAUGUAUAUAAAUAUAUAUUUUAAGUACACACUGAAUUUUUAACGUGUGAUCAAAUGCCUCCGGCUUUUUACACACAAGGAUUGUCUUAAGUAAAUGAAGAAAUAUUUGGAACAAGUAAAUGGAAAUAACAAAGAAUUCAGACUGCUACAAGCGAGCAAAGAUAUUAACCUUAAGUGCUGCACAUGGAUACUUUGUGGUCUUACAAUGGAGGCAGUAUAAAGCAUCUGGUUAAUGGAAAACUAGAGGCUUCUGAACCAGGGUAAUCCUAGGUAAUGAGUAAGAGCAUAUGUACAGGACUUUGACAAAGAUUGGCAUGUGCUUUCUGAAUGAAGAGGUGGUGUUCAACAUUCCUCAACAUGGGAUCUUAUUCUCAGCACUGAGGUGUGAAUCAUACAAAAACCUACCUAGCCCGGAAAAUCUGAAUUUAGAACGCACUCCAACUAUAAGAUGACAAUCAAGUCUAGACCUGUAAUUUUGUGUAAAUUAUUGAUGAUAAAAAUAAUAAUAAUAAUUAACUGUGACUUUAUUAGCAGCUGAUUUUGAAAGUGGAUGUAACGUUUCUUUUUUCUUCUGGGGGGGGGGGGCAGGGUGGUGAGGUCUGAAAAGAAAAAUAUGCUGACUCUUUUAUAAGUUUGGCAGAAUGUGCAUACUGAUGUGUUGUGCCUUAAAAAAUGAGACAGCUUUUUUUGUGUGUUACAAUGUAAUUUUGGUUAAAAAAAAAUUACAUGAUAUCUUCAGUUAUGACCAAAUUUAAAAAUCCAAAACAGGAAAAACUGAGCCCUUACCAGUUAUAAUUUGUAAAUUAACAAAAUAGAUUUUUUUUCUCGCUCUUUUUUUUGAGGUUUGAAUAAUUAUUUAAAGGCUUAGAAAAGCACAUCUAAAAAUAUUAACUUCAGGUAUAAGUAUGUAGUUUUAUGCUAGUAGACAGGUGCAUGCUAGUUCAUGUCCCCCCAAAAAAACUUUUAUGCCUAGGCAAAAGCCAUGCUCUGCUGAACCUCAGUGGUUGCAGCUUUGAUAGUGGUCUUUGGGGGUCUGGAGAAGUAGUGGGGUUAUCUCUGAAUCAAACCCUAUGCAAAGCUAUAAAUUAGGUUUGUCCCCACAAUGAUCUUAUUCAAGUUCAAGAAUCAUAUACAUGACAUUAUAUACUAUAAAUCACAUCUAUAAUGAAGGAAUAAUUUCAUCUAUCUUGUAUAGCAACAAACAAUGAAGGGUGUAUUGCACGCUGGAAUACUUUAUUAAACAAUCAUCUCACGCAAGGAGAAUACUUUAUUGAACAAUCAUCUCAAGCCUACACCCUUGAUUGUUUGUUGCUAUACGGUCUAUAUCCUCUCCCUUGAGCUGAGAACCAAGGGCUGGAGCACCUGGGCCAUCCCUCUACUAGGUGAGUCUUUAUUAGCAGGAGUAUUUAUGCUAACCAUUUAUCUUUUGGAUGACAUCCAUUUUGUAUCCCAUGGACAAAAAAAGUACAUAUAAAAAGAUCAAAGUGGCUGCAAUGAUAGUUUCUGCAUAUUCAUUUUAAGGCCCCCACAAUAUCCAAAGGUUGUCUUGUUUUAUUAAUAUAUGUUGAAAUUGCUCUUUAUUUGGGCCUCAAUGGCCCUUACAGCCACCAUGUUAACCAUGUUAUCUUACAUGGAAUGUACAUAACUAACAACAGAACACCAGCCGCCUAAAAGCAAUAACACAGAUUCAAAUCUUGUAGUGGCAACAGCAUAAUAAAUAUGGAGCACCAUAGGCUACAUCCCACUAUGAUUUUUUUUUUAUGUCUGAAAUGCAUGCCGUUUAUAUUCUCACACCUUUGACUCCAGUGCAGUAAGUGCACAGGGAGAUCAUUUGCCGAAUCCAAUGCUCAGUCUGUAUGUUACCAGUCUGUGGUUGGCUUAUUUUCCUACCUCUGUUAAUACAAUAACAUGUUAACAACAAAACACUCUACACAUCAACAGUGCACAACAGUGAUUGCUCCUGUGCUGUAGUAAGGCUUUUUAGAUGGGAACUGGCAAUAUUUUCAGUAAUGUGGGCAGUUUUUCCUUUAAUAAAUGAGUUGAUUGGAGUUUUCAUGAUUUAUAAGUUAAUUUUCCUUUUUGUGCAAAGUAAAAAAUGUUGAAUCAAAACGCUUAUUGGCAAUCAAUUUGUCUUAAUAUUCAGGCUGAUAAAUUAUUUUCCUUUUCAUCUCCAUGAAGUCAUCUUAAUGAUUACAUUCAUGCAGUUGGUCAUUUUCACCUCCUAGUGUCCUACACAAGAUGUAAGGGACUAAUCAUUAAAGGGAAACAAUAAAAAAAAUAACAAUAAAAAAUACCUUGGUAUACUGUGGAGUACUCACGUGUUUA